AUGGGGUGCAAACCAGUUGAUAAGCCUAAAAUCAAGCACAAGAGGGGAUUAUGGUCACCAGAUGAAGAUCAGAAACUUAGAAACUACAUCCUGGAACACGGCCAUGGCCUCUGGAGCUCGGUUCCCUUCAAUGCUGGUUUACAAAGAAAUGGAAAGAGCUGCAGAUUAAGGUGGGUCAAUUAUUUAAGGCCAGGAUUAAAGAAAGGAACGUUUAGCACAGAAGAGGAGGAGAAAAUCCUAACCCUUCAUCAAAUAUUAGGCAACAAGUGGUCUCAAAUCGCACAACAUUUGCCUGGAAGAACUGAUAAUGAGAUAAAGAACUUCUGGCAUUCUUAUCUGAAGAAAAAGGUAGCAAAACUAUAUGAAAGUACUGAAACUCAGGCGAAACCUGAAUUCACAGGUAGGCAAAUGGAAAAUGUGAGCUCUUCAUUUUCUUCCCCAAAGUCGACUACUCAAAACUCAAGUUUGGACUCAUUUGAACACAUGGAAGGAUCAUUAAUGGAUACAGAUCAAUCUAGUAAACAAAAAAAUGGAGCCCAGAAUUUUAAUUUACCCAAAAUUCUCUUUGCUGAAUGGUUCUCAUCAGAUCAGUUUCAUGGCAAGGAUUUGCAGAAUUCUGGCAAUCUCAAGAAUACUUUUAACAACCCUAGUACAAACUUUCAAGACGAAUCCAUUCUUGGUUUACUGCUUGAUGAUCAGACUGCUGGAAGGGAAAUGCAUACAAAACCAAACAACUAUUCAGUUGAUGAUAUAUUUUUUCCACCGUUUGAUCAAGAUCAGAUUUUGGAAAGGGGGCUUGAUUAUUUUCCUGGUGAAUUCAGCUUGAGUUGUGAUGAAAUGUAUGUAUGA